AUGUGGCUCGUAGCGGUUUUCGUGUUGUUAGCCAUCGUUCGAGAGGGACGAGCUACCCAGUGCGACUUCCCGCAGUCACUUUGCUUCGACUCCGAAGUAUCCCUAGAAAGCCUGUCCGAGCUAGAAACGGCCAUCGACGCACUGAUUACACCUCCAAGCUCAUUUGUGAAACCAUCCGAACUCGAAACACUGGUCAACUCCAUCAAGAGCGCCGUCCAGCAGCCGUUGAACUAUGAAACGUGUCGCGAUGUGCCAGCCGGUUCACCGUCGGGUCUCUACCUGCUGCGGGGCGAAUUCCGCGAACCACAGUACGCGUACUGCGACAUGCAGUACAGCGGAGGCGGUUGGCUGGUGUUCCAGAAUCGAUUCAACGGCCAGACCAACUUCCAGCUGACCUGGACCCUGUACCAGAAUGGUUUCGGCAACAUGCAGGACGGCGAGUUCUGGUGGGGUCUGGAUAAGCUCUACCGGCAAACCAACAUUGCCCCGCACGAGCUGGCUGUCGUGCUGGAGGACUUCGAUGGUGUGAAGGUCGAAGCGAGGUACUCGGACUUCCAGAUCGGGGAUGCGUCCGAAAACUACCGCAUGAACAUACUCGGCACUUACUCCGGCACGGCUGGGGACUCAAUGUUUCGCUGCCGGAACAUGAUGUUCUCGACCAGCGACCGAGAUAACGAUAUUUGGCCAGCGGCCUGCGCCGUCACCUACACCGGAGCCUGGUGGUACUCGGACUGCCAUGAUAGCAACUUGAACGGGCAGUAUCUUAGGGGCACCUUUACUAACCGAGGAACGGGAAUGACGUGGAAGACUUUUCGCGAACAGUUCUACUCAGUAAAAACCACACGCAUGUUGAUCCGGAAGAAGGUAUAA